AUGUACAAUGAAUUUGUUGAUGGUUGAGUGUUUUAAUAAGAUCAUAGAAUAUUUUUGCUAUGUCAAGCAGAGUGGAGCAGACCAUGGUCUUGAGUUGAGCACCAAGUUUGAGCCUGAUGGGCUAUGGGGAAAAGUGGCAUCGGACAACUGCAUGGUGGAGGCUAUCUCAGCGUUUGUUGUUUGUAACAAAGAGUCAAUAAGCUGUUCACUUUCCUUUAUUUCCUAAAGUGUUGGGAUCCUGCAUUCAGUCAGUCAGUGCAGCCUGUGGAAGCCCUGGGGGAAGGGAGGCAGGACUUAAGCAGACAGCCCGCUGACGUGCUGCUCAUUACAGGGGAAACACUGCUCACAGAGCAUUCAGCCUGUCAGCACCUGAAGGAUCCAACUUACCAAGAAGUAAUCCGACUGAAUCAACGUAAGCCAUCAUGGGAAACAGGCCAAGUAUCCUGGAGGAGCACGGCUACUACGAGGCUAAAGAAAUUGGCCAGGGAGCUUUUGGUACAGUUUUCAGAGUGAAGAAAAAGGCAGAUGAAAAGGAAUAUGUCAUAAAGGCAGUCCAAAAAUCAGAAUCUGUGACCAAGGAAGUGGCUGCACUUAAAGAUUUGAAACACCCAUUCAUUGUUGAGUACAACGACUCUUUUGAAGAUAUUAAGGAUCUGUACAUAGUUAUGGAGUAUUGCGAGGGUGGUGAUCUUUCUCAGGAAAUUCAAAAGCAUAAAGAUACUGGUGGAUGUUUCACAGAAGUUCAGAUCCUGAACUGGUUUGCAGAGAUCAGCAGUGCUGUGCAACAUGUGCACGAGAACAACAUUCUGCACAGGGACAUCAUGCCACAGAACAUAUUCUUGGACAAAUAUGGAAAGAUUCGUCUGGGAGACUUUGGAACGGCAAAAACCCUUGAAAGAUCUUCAAGCUGUGCACACACUAAUGUGGGAACAUUUCAUUACCAGAGUCCAGAAAGAGUUGAGGGAAUGCCCUACAACAGUAAAAGUGACGUGUGGGCUUUGGGGUGUGUACUCUAUGAGCUGUGCGAGCUUCAGCCUGCGUUUCCACACAAGUCAAUGAUGGUCCGCUUCAAAGCUAUAGUGGCUGAGCCCAGCCCCACUAUCUCUGGACAAUUCUCCACUGAUCUACGGGAUCUUGUGAGGGAUCUUCUUCAGAAGAAUCCAGGAGAUCGACCCUCUGCCAGUGAUAUAAUGGCGAGACCCUGCAUUCGUAGGAUCCUUUUCCUAAAGGAUCUACACUUUGAAGAAUAUGAGAGGAUUCGUUUGGAAAACUUUGCAACGGCAACCAUUUUAAAAAGUGACGUGUGGGCUUUGGGGUGUGUACUCUUUGAGCUGUGCGAGCUUCAGCCUGAGUUUCCUCAAGAAACGAUGAGAGAUCUCUUCAAUACAAUAGUGGACAACCCCACUAUCACUGGAAAAUGCAUCACUGAUCUACAGGAUCUUAAGAGGGAACUUCAGAAGAAGAAUCCAGGAGAUCGACCCUCUACCAGUGAUAUAAUGGCGAGACCCUGCAUUCUGAGGAUGCUUUGCCAAAAGAGCAGGGGGAUCUCAGAAGAGCUGAAGCAGAAGCUGGAAGAGCUGAAUGAAGUUGCGAAUGGUUUUGAGCGUGUACUCAUGGGCACCACCGUGGGCAGUCUGACUGGGGCGGUGGUGGGUGCUGUGGGGGGGAUCACCGCUAUAGUGGGGCUUUGUCUCACCCCUGUCACUUUAGGGGCUUCUCUGAUUGUGUCAGGGGUGGGAAUUGGGAUUUCUGCAGCGGGAGGGGUAACUGGAGCUGCUUCCAACAUCACUAACAUGGUGAAGGAGCGUGAGAACCGUCGCACCAUAGAGAAUAUUAUCCGUGAAUUAGAGAUGAAGAUUCAGAUCAUGCUCACAUGCUUCCAGCACAUUGACAGUGGCUUUCAGAGUCUGGAGACCAGCAGAUCCUUCAAUCUAAGUCCUGCCACACGAACCCUGAGGAGUCUUGGUGGUUUGGCGAAGAUCAGCUCCGCAGUUGAGAUGUUCAGGGCAGCAGCACAGGCUCUUAAAAUUGGACGUGCAGCACAGGUGGUCACUGGGGUAUUCGCAGGGCUCUUUCUAGCUGUUGACAUCUUCUUCAUUGUUGAUGAUUCCAGGGCGAUACACGCCAUGAGACAGGGAGAUUCCACAACAUCAGGUGAAUAUGCACGGCUGGAGAUGUUAGAGGAACCCCCCGAAGAAGCCUCUACAGGCCAGACCAGUGGGGCAGGCAAGACACAGGAGGCCUCCCCUGAUGGAGCCUCUACAGGCCCACAGGCCAGUGGGGCAGGCAAGACACAGGAGGCCUCCCCUGAUGGAGCCUCUACAGGCCCACAGGCCAGUGGGGCAGGCAAGACACAGGAGGCCUCCCCUGAUGGAGCCUCUACAGGCCCACAGGCCAGUGGGGCAGGCAAGACACAGGAGGCCAGCAGGGAGAGAAAGGAAUUAAAAACCUGGGAGUUUAUUAAAGAGAUCAGGAAGGCAUCUGCUCAGAUUCAGGAAUGGCUGGAUGAAUGCAUGCCUCUAUACUCUGCCAUCACUGACUUUGAAGAAGCUUGUUUCUGAUGUCUGUCUGAACUAACCAUUGUCCAUAAUCAGUGGGAGCAGCUAGUUAGGAUGGGCGCUGGCCCCGGUUUUUUUGUGGGCCCUUCGUCUAAGAUGAAGGCACGCACACGCGCAUGCAAAUGAAUAUAACCUAUGCACACACACACACACGCAUGCACACAAACACACAGCACCAUUAGACAGAUAGUUUAUAGACAAUAGUUUGGCUCAUGAGUUACUUUGCUUAUCUGGACAGGCUACAUGGUUUGCAAUACUUUAGAGCAUUUUGUAGGAGAAAAUUCACAGAACAAGGUGUUCUUCUUCUGUUUUAUGACAAAUCAAUCACAAGUCAAAAUCAGACUAAACCGCCAAACCAUUAGAAUUGAGCACGCUGGUUCCUCCAAAACUCUCAAAGAUUCAUGCCCAAAAAUAUACCAAUAUGUAUGCAGCCUAUAAUCAAUGUAUAUCACAUGUAUGCUGCCUAUUUACUCAUAUAAUCAAUAUGUAAUCCAAUGAACCUAUAUCAUUAAUUACAGAUAAGCUUAUGGAAACGCAAGAAACCACAGUGUCAACUGUAGAAUAUGUAAUCCAAUUAACCUAUGUCAUUCAUUACAGAUGAGCUUAUGGAAACGCAAGAAACCACCAUUAAUCAAUUGUUAAAGUACGAUUAAGUAUGCCUAUAUAUUUUCAAACUGAUUAACUGCUAAUUCAUGCUAGAAGUAUAGUGACCCGUAUGUAACCUGAAUUAAAUAAAAUAAUGUGUAUGCUUAAGAAAAGUAGGAAAGUACUGAAUAACACCAUGUUUUGCAUGAUUCAUUUUUAUGAUUCCUCUCUGUUAGAAAACUACUUGCAGGGCAGGAUGCCUGGAGUUGUGGGGGUGGGCUAUCGAUGUCACAUUUGAACCGUGCAGGACAGGAAGUCUUGUGUGGUAGGGGUGGGCUUUGGCAAAGACAGUUUUCAGAACAGCUGUAUGCCUGUACAAUGCGAUAAGAACAUUUAUUUUUAAAUAUAGCCUGUGAUGCAAAAUGUCAUUUAUUUUUGAACAUUUGAUGUAACAUGUCAUGUCAAUUAUUUUUGACAAGAACACAUUUGUGAAAGGCAGUUUGUAUGCCUGUACGAUGAGGUAAGAGCAAUUGCUUUCUUAAGAUCAAGCUGACAAAACAAACGCCAUGUUUAAAGAAAACAUUUAUUUUUAGAGAAUAGCAUAAGAAGCAAAAUUAUAAUUUGAGCGAUUGCCACAAUGAUGAAUCAUUGGGGCAGGACAAAGAGCAGCUGGUAUUUCUUAGGAGGAGUUAUGUUGAAAGAAGUGUAUAAAAUGUGUGUGAAACCAACAAUCGAGGUCCACUUCUGCAGAAUUGAUCCGGCUUUGUGCACUUGUGCUAAUAAAGUCUGAUUUUCCUGAAGAACUUGCUGCCGUGGUGUCUAUUUCCUUGUGAAGUUGUUUUUCGACAAAUUGGACUUAGAAUUCUGUUGUUUCCUAGACACAACAAUUUGUUUGAAUGAAGUCAGAACCAUGGACUAACGUGAAUCAAAUCAACAUGUCAACAAAUUAAUUAUAGUUGGGAUGUUUACAUAACUAAAGCUGAGGCCUUUAGGCUACUCAUGUGUCAGUAUCAGAGGAAAAGCACAACACAAUAAAUUCACUGAAUGUAUUAUUCACUGUGUUCUCAUUUUUUACAAUAAAAUUGUAAUGAGCUUUG